AUGGCAACAACAAGACAGAUCUUGGAACAGCCGCAAUCACCAUUUAUUCAACGCAUCAAGAGCAGUCCCAUGAUUGAUGACAAAGAAGAGGAGCUUUCUCGCUCUGCUUUGGCUAUGUUUAAGGCAAAGGAAGAUGAGAUUGAGAGGAGGAAGAUGGAGGUUAAGGAUAGGGUUCAAACAAAGCUUGGACUAGCUGAGGAAGCUACUAGAAGAUUAGCUGAGAUUCGAGAAGAACUAGAAGCUCUUACCGAUCCAAUGAGAAAGGAGAUAUCAGCGAUAAGGAAAAGAGUCGAUGCUAUUAACCGAGAACUCAAGCCUUUAGGACAGAGUUGUCAAAGAAAGUUUUUUCGGUAUGAAAAUGUGUUCAGCUUGUUACUGAAAGCGAGAACAUUCGGAUGUCAAAGCUUGAUGAACUCAGCAAAAGCAUUGAAGUUUCUCUACGCUAACACAAGAUGA